AUGUCUGAUAAACGCUCUUUGAUCGCUGUGAUCGGCGAUGAAGAUACCUGUACUGGCAUGCUCCUUGCCGGAGUUGGUCAAAUCUCGCCUUCAAGUCAGGAAAAGAACUUCUUCAUGUACCAAGAGGGAAAAACUACGAGGGAGGAAAUUCUCUCUGCAUUUGACGAUUUCACCCAAGAGAGAGAAGACAUUGCGAUCUUGCUUAUCAACCAGCAUGUAGCAGAGAAGAUCAGGGGUCAAGUUGAUGGAUUCACAGCCGCUUUCCCUGCGGUUUUGGAGAUUCCUUCUAAAGAACAUCCAUACGACCCUGAGAAGGACUCUAUCUUGAAAAGAGUGCGCAGACUUUUCGGCGAAUAA